AUGGACCUGUCGACGUUUCGACAACUGCUGAAGGACGGCAGUGGUAAUGAUGCCGAUAGUGGUGGUGGUGGUGGUGGUGUAGGGCUCAAUGCCUUCUACAUCCCCAGCGCAGAUGAACACCAGAAUGAGUACCCGCCCGAGUUUGCUCGUCGACGACAAUUUGCCACUGGCUUCACGGGUUCUGCUGGUCCGUCCGUUGUCACGGAGACAAAGGCAGCAAUGUGGACGGACGGUCGUUACUGGGUUCAAGCACAACAGCAACUGGACACGAGCCAGUGGACGCUCAUGAAAACUGGUGUGUGGUCUCAGGGCUGCCCCAGUGUGGAGGAGUUUCUCACAAAGGAGCUCAAGCCCGGUGACAAGGUUGGCAUUGACCCACGGCACGUGCAGCACUCUGCAUUUGAAUCCAUGCGCAGCGCAUUGGCAAAGGCAAAGGUUGCACUGGUUCCUGUGUCGGAGAACCCCGUUGAUGAGCUCUGGGGCGACAGCGAUCGUCCGCCCGCCCCAUCCGGUGACAUCUUUGCGCUGGAUGACAAGUACACCGGGCAAACUGUGAAUGACAAGCUGGCGGCUGUGCGCGGUGUGUUGCAGACGAAUGGCUGCUCCUCCCUCGUCGUCACGGCGCUGGAUGAAGUUGCUUGGCUCUUCAACCUCAGGGGCAGCGAUGUCCCGUACUCCCCAGUGUUUCUGGCCUAUGCACUCGUCACGCAGGACGCCGUCACCAUCUACACGGACGAGCACAGGUUUGCCCCCGCUGUCCUUCCACGCCUCCAGCGGUCCUCCGUCUCUGUGAAACCUUAUGGCGCAUUCUUUGAUGACAUUGCCACGCAAGCGCCCAUCCUCACAGAGCACGGCGACAUCUGGGUUGGUGACAAGUGCACGGAGGCCCUCUGGCGUCUCAUCCCACGCAACAAGGCGUGCGUGAAGAUGACGCCCACAAACGAGCUCAAGGCUAUCAAGAACGACACAGAGUUGCAGGGCAUGCGAAACUGUCACAUUCGCGAUGGUGUUGCUCUUUGUCGCUUUUUUCACUGGAUGGAUGCGCAAUUCGACGGCCAGCGCGGGUCGGGCAUGAAGCUCACGGAAAUCACUGUUGCCGAUAAAGUCGAGGAGUUUCGACGGUACGAGGAGGAUUUCGUCAGUCUGAGUUUCCCUUCCAUCUCCAGUGUUGGCGGCAACGCAGCAAUGCCGCAUUACACCCCAGAUGUGUCGACAUGCAAAGUCGUCGACAACCAGCAUGUCUACCUCCUUGACAGCGGUGCCCAGUACUUGGACGGUACGACGGACGUGACGCGAACGGUGCACUUUGGCGAGCCGACGGCGGAGGAGAAGCGUGCCUUCACCGCUGUUCUCAAGGGCCACAUUGCUCUGGCUCGCUCCAUCUUCCCCACAGGAACUGACGGUCGCACGCUUGACGCUCUCGCUCGCGCCCCAAUCUGGCAGUUUGGCCUGACAUACACGCAUGGCACUGGCCACGGCGUCGGCUCGUUCCUCAACGUGCACGAAGGGCCGAUGCUGCUCUCCUUCAAAAAAGGAGCAGCCACGCAUGAGGGCUUGCAUGCAGGCAAUGUGGUGACGAUUGAGCCCGGUUACUACCAAGAAAACGACUUUGGCAUUCGCAUUGAGAAUGUGGAGAUUGUGGCGCCGUCGCUGGAGCAGAGCGGAUUCCUGCAGUUUGAAGCUGUCACGCUCGUCCCCAUCCAGGCGAAGAUGAUUGAUCGUGAUUUGCUCACAGCAGAAGACAUCAAGUGGAUCAACGACUAUCACGACAGUGCGUGUCGCCAAGUCAUUGGACAGCAACUUCAGGAGCGCGGCCUGGUGGAGGUCAUGGAGUGGCUGCACGCAAGCACGAUGCCGCUCUAA